AUGUCAUCCAGUGAGAGGACUCUAACUGCUAAGGAGGGGUCCUGUAUUGAAAUGAAAUGUAAUCCAGGUGAAUUGUUUAACACAUUUGACACUGCCUACUGGUUUUGGAUGAAGAAUGCCAACUGGUCAGAAAAAAUAAAAGACUUUGUUGGCACCGUCGUUUCAAGCACAAAUGAGUCACAACGGUCUGUCAGUGCAGAGUUUAAAUACAGAGUUAAGCAUAUCAGCUCACCAAAACGAGGUAAACUGGAUUUAGAACAAGUGUACAGAAUAUUGAUCUGUGACUUGAGGAAAUCAGACAGUGGACUUUACCAGUGCAGAUUUGUAGGAGACGAUAAAUGGAAGACUGAUCCAUGGAAUCUAACUGUUCAGGAAAAUGCAUGCCCUAUCACUUUUAGCCAACCACCAGCUGUAAAGGAGAAUAUCAGCGUAACGCUCACAUGUUCAACAUUAAUUUCAUGUGAUUCUGAUCUACAAAUUGACCGACUGAACCAGCUGCCCUCAGAAGAAAGUCUGGGAUCUCCAACCAAGAGUAACAAUGAAACAACCAAAAGCAUCAGCCGGAGCUUGACUCCCAGCUGGAAGGAUGAUGGGAGCGAAUUUUCAUGUCAGACCCAAGAAAAUAUGGACGAGUAUUUGAUGCGGAAAAUCAACUUGACUGUAGAAUAUCCCCCUAAAGAAGUAAGAGCAAUGAAAAGUCCUGGAAGUGUAAAGGAGGGAAACCGUGUAAGUCUCACAUGCUCUGCUAAAGGAACAAAUGUCACUUUCAUCUGGUUUAAAAGUAACACAAAGAUCAAGGAUGGUCAGCUUCAAUUUUCAUCAAUCAAAGCUUCAGACAGUGGAUCAUAUUACUGCGAAGCUCAGAACAAGCAUGGAACUGGAAAGUCCAACACAAUAAACAUUAAUGUCUUAUAUCCACCUGUAGUUGUCAUUCAAAUAGAAGGAGUCCAACGAUAUCAUAUUGAAGUUAAAGAAGGAGAAAGUAUUACUCUUGUGUGCAAUGUGAAUAGAGCCAACCCAAAACCUGAAAGCUUUAAAUGGAUUAAAGAUGGGAAAUAUGUGUGGUACCAGAAGGAAUAUAAUUUACUCCAAAUCAAACCAGAGGACAGUGGUGUUUACCAAUGUGAAGCUCAAAACACUGCUGGUUCAACAAAAUCAAACCCUUUUAAUCUUGAGGUUCAAUACAAGCCAAAAAGCCGGGUUUCUAUCAGUGCUACUCAUAACAAAGUGAAAGUUAACAGUUUCCUUAAAAUGACUUGUAACACUACGGCAAACCCAAAGCCCUGGUUCUCCUGGUACCAUUACAAACAGUCUGACUCCUCCAACUGGACACCACUGGGAAGCAAACCGUUUCUAACUUUCAAUGGCAUUCAGAGAACAGAUGAAGGCUGUUACAUAUGCAAUGCAAGUAACACCAUUGGUCAGGGGAAAGUCAGUCAGCCUGAAUGCAUUCAAGUUAUUUUUCCUCCAACCAAUGUCAAACUGUCUUUGGUUUCUAAAGUUAGAGAAGGCCAGUCUGUAACAAUCAACUGUUCAGCUGAGAGCUCCCCUUUGUCAGGAUUUGAGUUGAAAAGAUCCUCAGCCCCCGAUCUUCCGCCCUCAGAAAUGUUUUCUUCUCAGGCUGCUAUGGGACAAAAUGUUUUCACCCUCACUUUUAAUGCAACAUACGCCCACGCAGGGUUUUACACCUGCAUCGCAUCAAACAGCGAAGGAACAAACAGCAGCUAUCAGAGGAAACUGGAGGUUGAAUAUUCUCCAAAAAAUGUGAAAGUAGAAGCAAAGCCUGGUCUAGAGGUGAAAGAAAAUGAGAUGUUCUCAUUGAAAUGCACCGCCCAGUCCAACCCGCCGGGACAUCUGUUCAAGUGGAUAACAAAGAGUAAAGAUGGAAAGGAAACCACUGUGAGCACUAACAGUAUCUAUACUGUAAAAUCCUCCAGGCCCUCAGAUAGUGGGCUGUACAGAUGUGAAGUCCAAAAUGUGAUUGGAAGAAGUGAAACAGAAGUCGAGAUCAAAAUCAAAUAUGCACCAAAGCAGACGACAAUCAUUAAAGGAGAAGAGCAACACCUCCAGACGGGAGGACGUUUUGUAAUGCUGAGCUGCAGCAGUCACUGUUAUCCUUCAGCUGAAUAUAUGUGGUACAAUGCGACAGAUAACAGAAAGCUUUCUCACAUGCAGAACUUAACAGUGUACUCCCAACAAGCAGGGGACUAUUACUGCAUCGCACAGAAUGAGAUGGGUCAGUUCAAGUCAGACUCAGUCAGGCUGUUUGAUGGCACAUUUAGGAUGAUAAUGAAGGGUUUAGGAUGGCUUAUCUUGAUUUUGCUCAUCAUAGGCCUACUUUUCUUAUACAGACACAAGAUGAAAAAAGCUAAUCAACAAAGUACAAGACACGCAAAGCCCUGCUGUAGUUCUCUGCUGAUACCUCAGGGCUUCUGCACCUGGUGGAGAAGAGCUGAAAGAGGGAAUGCAAGAAAUGAGAAUAUAUUUAGAGACACUUCUAGAAGCAGAGACGACCUUCUGCCGGAGCAGCAGGGCCGUCGAAAGGCUCAGCCUCAGGAGCCUCGCCCAGACGUCACGUCUACAUCCCACCAUGUGAACACUGUUUAUUCUACAGUCAAUCUGCCAUUUGAAAAUAAAGCUCCAUCUGCACAAAGACCAGGAAAAGCACAACAAAAAUGCAUGGAGGACGAUUCUCUGAACUAUGCCUCUCUGCCCUUUAAAGAUAAGGAGAAAGUCGGAGUAGAGGCUAUAUAUUCACAAGUGUGUAAGCCAAUACGCAAACAGGAAGCGCAGGAACAUUUUCUGGAUUAUGAGAACAUCAACCCGUUUUCACCUACCAGAAAGCCAUGCUUUUCUGAUGAUGAUUCAGAGACCAGUGAUGAAGAAGAGGUCAGCUAUUCUCAGGUGACUAUUGCUGCAAAGCCUUCCCAUCAGACAGAGACAUCCGACUCCAGCACAUCCGACUCCAGCACGUCUGACGAGGAGACUCAGUACUCUGACAUCAUACUCUGAUUCUAAACAACCUUUGAGAUCCUCAUGGAGGUUGUUAGCCAUCAUUUCCUGAAAAGAUAUGCUUAUCUAAUGUGUGUAACAGUGUAUUGAAAAGAGGAGAGGAUCAGUCACUCUUAAUCAACAACCUUUACAGUGUUAUAACAGCUUUCUAAUAAAUUCUUUCUGUUCUUGCAUUUUUGUUUUACAAUAAAAAAAAAAACUAAAACUGAAUUUAAGAAAAUGCCCACAGCAGUAUUUUUAAAUCAUGAUGAAAAAGCUUUUCCAACCAACUUUGUCCUACGUGAAUAGAGAAACUCUCCCUUACAUCUAUUCAUCUGGAAAUAGUUAUAAAACCAUAUGGGACUCCAGCAAACUAUAGUAAAAACCACUAUCAACAAAACCAUGGUUGUGAAUUGCCAGUAGUGACCAAAUCACCUAAAUUACU